UGCAGGAGAGGACAGGAAGCAGGAGCUGGGUGCAGGAGAGGACAGGAAGCAGGAGCUGGGUGCGGGAGUGGACAGGGAGCGGGUGGAGCUCCUGAAGGAGCAGGCAGCAAAGAUCUCCAUGGAUGUGGAAGAGAGGAGGAGGACCUUGCGGCAUGGGGAGCAGCAGAACCUGGAGGGGAAGCUUCGCCUUGCAAAGCGAGAAGUGGAGAGGCUGGCGUGGGAGGGGCAGGACCUGAGCUGUAAGGUGGAGGAUCUACGGCUGGCCACUGCUGCUGCGGAGAGGGAGCUCAGCGAGACCGCCGGGCAGAGACCGAGGGGUAUGAACAGACGAAGGCUCUGGAGCGGACACUUUGUGAGAUGCAGGACAAACACGCCCUGAAGACCAGCCAGAGGAAGGAGCUCAAAGAGAAUAUUAAGGCCAUGAACCUGUCACUGGAUGAGCUGCUCGGUGAGGAGAGGGAGGGGUUGAGGAAACUGUUCCUGGUCCAAGAUCUGUGCUCUGAAAUCCACGGCCAGGAGGAGGAGCUCAGCCAGUCCCACAAAGUGUGCUCUGAGCUGAGCGCCAACACGUGCUCAGACACGGCAAACGAUGACAAAACCGAGGAGGAGGAAGAUGUGGAGGACUGGCACGAGCUCCAGGAGUUCUCGCAGACUGUGGAGACGCUGCUCCUCAAGGCCAUGGACGAAUACCCUGACCUCAGAUCAGUUCUGCAGGCUCUGCUAAUGAAGAGCGGUCUGACCCUGGACAGGCCUGGUUCGGUGUGGGAUAGCCAGCAGAGCGCAGAGUCGGUGUCUUCACACUGCCGGGACUCUCCAGACAGGAGCAGCAUCAAGACCCCGGAGCUGCGGUCACGUGACGCACAGCCAGCCAUUCAGGCUCAGGGGAGCCCCAGCCGGCUGGCCAAUCACCAGCGCGACUCUGGGCAGGGCAGCACCAAUGCCUGCUGGGGGGGGGAUAGCUCCACCCCCAGCGAAGGGAGGAGCAGCAGGAGCAGCAUCAACAGCAGGACGUUUUAGCACCUCCCUAGAGGCUGUGUACCCCCCGGGGUGACACCUGCGUCCAGACUCUGCAUUGUGCCACAGUGCCACU